AUGCAAAGGUGCUCCCAGCUCGGCUCGCCCAAUGUGUCUCCACCGCAUUCCUUUUCCACCUACUCACCCAGCACGGGCAACGACCUGGCAGCGUACCACCAAGGCAGCAGCUCUGGAUACAACAGCAACACAUCGAGCCCCAGCGGCCUCUCGCGUCCCAUGGAUCUGCUCGCGGAUGCUGCCUCGAGACUAGAACAGCGCCCUGGCCACUUCUCGCACUCGAGCCGACACCACCUGACCAGCGGCUACCAUCCAUAUCAAAGUCGCCUUCCUGGCCUUGCACAGUACGCCUACUCAUCGCAGCCCAUGUCAAGAUCGCACUCGCACGAAGACGACGAUCCUUAUUCGCACAGAAUGACCAAGAAGUCAAGACCGGGCUCGCCCAUGUCAACAGCCCCGCCUUCACCCACCUUCUCACAUGAUUCCGCCAGCCCAACUCCUGAUCACACUCCUCUCGCAACUCCUGCACACUCUCCCCGACUACGCCCACACGGUUUCCAUGAUCUCCAGCUCCCCCACUUGCGUCACUUGAGCCUAAACCAAAACUUUUCGCCCGCUCUUGCGCCCAUGGAGCCAUCGACGGACCGUGAGCAGCCCUACAUCCCCAGUCAAACCAACGGCAUGAGCAUUGGCGACAUCAUCGCGAAACCAGACGGUGCGCAGCGCAAGUUGCCUGUGCCCCUUCCCAAGGUCGCCGUGCAAGAUUUGCUCAAUGGACCAAGCAACAGCGGAUUUUCGUCUGGAAACUCGUCGACGGCCGCUUCGUUGGCGGGCGAGGACUUGUCGCAUCGCACCUAG